AUGCCACGCCAAUCCCGUCCUACCGCCCGCCCGGCCGCUGCGCGCCCAUCCGUCCCGGCUAAGCCCGCCGUCGCCCCUACUCAGCAGCAGACUCGGCCGGCUGCCACGCUCGCCGCCCCCCUCCGGUUGCUCCCUCUCCCGCGGCUGCUGCCCCCGCUCAGCAGCCAGUUGUCGUCCAGCAGGGCCCUGGUCUCCUGGGCCAGAUGGCUAGCACCGCUGCGUAUCGGUGUUGCCAUCGGCUCCUCGAUCGGGCAUGUCAUCGGCAACGGCAUCUCAUCCCUCUUCGGAGGCAGCUCCAGCGAGGCGGCUGCCCCCGCGCCCCAAGCCAAUGCGGCGCCCGCCCAGCAGCAGCAGACUUGGGGCGGCAACUGCGCCGAAGCGACCCAGCAAUUCACCAAGUGCAUGGAUGAGCACGGCGGCAACAUGUCCAUCUGCAAUUGGUACCUGGAGCAGCUGAAGGCUUGCCAGCAAGCGGCUAAGCAGUUCUAA